AUGGUCCGAAUUGCGGCCUUCGAGGUGGAGCAAUGGAUGGACGAGUAUGAGACUACCCCGGGAUGCCUCAACAUCGCCGAAACCUGCGCCGCCUCCGUCUCCGUGGAUGAGUUGAUGGGACUCUCCGAGGACAGGAGCGCUCCAGGCCCGAUCGACUUCUCCACCAAGCUCGUCUACGGACCCAUCCGCGGUUCUGAUUCCCUCCGACAACGAGUCGCCGAACUGUGCGGCAGUGACGGUUCGGGCGCCCAAAGCAUUCUUGAACAGGACGAUGUUCUCAUCACCCAAGGCGCUAUCGGAGCCAACUUCCUGUUGCUCUACACCCUCGUCAACCCCAGCGACCACGUCAUCUGUGUGUAUCCAACGUAUCAACAGCUCUAUGGCGUUCCCGAGAGUCUGGGCGCGGAUGUCUCACUAUGGAGAUUGAAGAAGGAGAAUGGCUUUGUCCCCGAUGUCAAAGAACUUGAGGGUCUCAUGAUCAUCAUCAACAAUCCCAAUAACCCCACAGGAGCACCAAUCCCCACCACAGUGCUCAAGGACAUCGUCGCCUUUGCCAAAACUCACAACCUCAUCCUCUUUUCAGACGAGGUUUACCGCCCGCUGUUUCACAACUUCUUCGAGGAUGGCUCCGAAGUGCCGCCUCCGGUCACCACCUUUGGCUACGAAAAGGUUAUCGUCACAGGUUCCAUGUCCAAGUCUUAUGCGUUGGCUGGCAUCCGGAUCGGCUGGAUCGCAUCAAAAGACAAGGGCAUCAUCCAGGCAAUCGCUUCAGCAAGAGACUACACCACCAUCAGCGUGUCUCAGAUAGAUGACCAGAUUGCUUCCUACGCCCUUUCGCGGCCGGUUUGGAAGCCAUUGCUAGAGCGUAACGUCGCGCUCGCUAACACGAACAAGGCGUUGCUAGAAGCCUUCAUCGAAAAGCAUAAGAACGUCUGCUCAUGGGUCAAGCCCAAGGCGGGAACCACGGCAUUUGUCCAAUUCACCCACGGCGGAAAGCCGGUAGAUGAUGUCAAGUUUUGCCUGGAUGUUCUCAACAAAACGAAGGUGUUCUUCGUACCUGGGUCCAGGUGCUUCGGAGACGGGAAGGACUUCCCGGGCUAUGUCCGCAUUGGCUAUGUGUGCCACACGGAGGUGCUCAAGGAAGCCCUGGAGAAGCUCGAGAAAUACGUGGAGGCCAAUCUUUCAUAG